GAUUUGGUCGCGCGAGUUAUGCGCCUCCGUGGUCGACAAGUGAGGCUGAGCGUCCACGUGCAUCCACUGUGUCUGAGACAAGGAAAGGAUCAAGUUCAGGAACAUAAGGACGAGAGCAAAUAUGCCCUCAAUGUGAUCGGAUCCAAAAACAGGCCUUGUUCUUAUCUAAUGUGAGGAAGGGGCAUGCUUUUUCCUCGAGCACAAAACAGAAAUUAUAACCUGGUUUGUCAGGGCAAUGCAGCUGAACACCAACAGAACUUCCGCUCUGACCGACCAAUGAAGGAGUCGGACCAAACCAGGGAUGACCCCCAAACUUGGGAUUUCGACCAGUUGUUCCUGAAACCAGCUGCCCGUCUCUGCCUCGACACUUUGGAUUUCUCAGACCUCUGGGACGAGGAAGACGGUGAAGAGGACGAGGGAGCCAGCUCGACCGGCGAAUCAUCGGUGUGUCCCCGAGCCCCUCCGGGACCCCCUCCUCUUCCUCCCCCACCUCCUCCGCCCCCACCUCCUCCGCUCGCCCCGCCUUUGCCCUCGGCCUCGCACAAGGGCACGACCAUCAAAGGCCGCACCUUGAGGCUCCACUGGAGGGAGCUGCAGAGUUUGGCUCCCCUUCCCCGAAUGACGCGCUUCGGGGCUCGGACGAUUUGGGCCGGACUUGAGCCUGUCCAUUUGGACACAAACCGUCUGGGGCACCUGUUUGAGUCUAAGGGAAAUAGCAGCAGUUUUAACGUGGCUUCUGGGAGGCAGAAGCAGCCGUCGGUCUCAGUGUUGGGGAUGAAGAGGAGCAACAUCAUCACCAUCGCCCUGAGCAGCUUGCCCCCUCCUCGCCUCCUCCCCCCGGCUAUCUCCAGCAUGGACAGCAGUGUGCUGGACAGAGAGGACGUUCAGCGGCUCAAAGCCCUAAUCCCAACAGAAGAGGAGCUGCGUCUGAUCAAGGAGGCCAAGGCCCAGAACCCCCACUCCCCUCUGGCCCCCGCCGAGCUCUGCCUGCUCACUUUGGGGGAAAUCCCACAUCUGAACUCCAGGCUUCAGCUGUGGGCCUUCGCUCUGGACUACGACUCCUUAGAGAGGGAAAUCGCUGAGCCUCUCUUCCAUCUGAAGUUGGCCAUGGAGCAGCUCGCAGCCAGCCAGACCUUCAGAUGCAUUCUAGCGACGGUGUUGGCGAUUGGCAACUUUCUCAACGGAUGCAAGGCGCGGGGUUUUGAGCUGAGUUACCUGGGGAAGCUGUCCCAGGUGAGGGAUACACACACUCGCCAGCCGCUGCUGCUCCACGUCUGCGUGCUGCUGCUGCAGCUCUACCCGCAGUCCACUGACCUCCACUCCGACAUCACUGCCGUCACUAAAGCUGGCAAGUUCGACUACUCCCUAGUCCAGUCCAACUUCACCCAGCUGGAGGCCCAGUGCAAAGCAUCAUGGGAGCAGCUUAAGAUUUUGGACAAGGCAGAGGAGAAGAGGAAAGGAGGGAAGGUGGAGAAGAAGAGAGGAGGAGUAGAUGAGGCUCCGGCCGUGGAGGGCUCGCUCCGUCACCGGUUGCCGCGGAUUUUAAAAGAGUGCGAGGAGAGGCUGAAGGUCCUGAGAGCCGUCCACCGCCGGGUCAUCAACAGGUUCCACUCUUUCCUCUUAUUCCUAGGCUACUCCCGAGCUAUGGUGAGGGACACCAAAGCGGAGGACUUCUGCAAAACCAUCAGCGACUUUUCUCUGGAGUACAGGACCACACGGCAGGCCGUCCUCCUGCAGAGGGAGAGGGAGCGACAGAGGAGGGGAGCAGAAAGCCCGAACACGCCCGUAGGCAGGAGGAAACGUCAACAAACUCCAACACAGGAGGACGAGGAGCAGUGCAGGCUGGAGGAAGUGCUGAGAACUCAAGAGUCCACCUUGAGACUGGACGUCACUCUGCCUCGAGCUCGCAGGAGGAUGGCUGACAUCCAAGGUCCAAUUUCACGGAGAAUGAAAUGGUGACCCUGCUGAUGUACUUUCAAAAGCUGAAAAUAAUAAUGUUUAUUCUUAUU